AUGUCGUAUGAAAUUCAGCCAAUAGUAAAGGGCACCAAGCGUGACCCCUCUGUGAAGCGAUACAACAAGGCAGCGGGAAAAGGUCCAUUCGGCGCCUUUCCCCCGGGAUAUGCGCUGACGAAGGAGAAGACGCAGAAGGAAGUUGUAGAGGAGCCGGUGACGGUGCAGGGAGUAAAGUUUGCGUACAAGGGAACUCAACACGGCUUUGGCGGCGCCACCACUUCCAUGUAUAAAGGCCGACCAAAGAACAACUCCGCAGUGGCCUUCUCCGCCAACGGGGCAGGAGCGAGUAAACCACCAAAGGCUGGCGCUUUUAAGCGUCGUCCAAUUCCACCCACGGAAUUCCGGCGAUAUUAUGAUCGUGGAGAUUUACCGCUAGCUGUUUCGCAUGGAAGCCGACCCACUAUUGACUGGAAGGUAGAUGUGGAACGACUGGAUUACCACCAUUACCUACCUAUUUUCUUUGAUGGAAUUCGUGAAACGGAGGAACCUUAUAUGUUUUUGGCCCGUCAAGGAUCUCUGGAUCUGCUAAAACGUGGGGGUGCAAAAAUUCUCCCAACAAUACCGCAGCUUAUUAUUCCUAUUAAAACUGCACUAAAUACACGUCAUCCUGAGAUCAUCUGCGCAACUCUUCGUAUUCUUCAACAACUGGUGGUAAGUGGUGAACUUAUUGGAGAGGCACUUGUACCAUACUACCGUCAGAUUCUUCCAAUGUUUAACCUCUUUAAGAACCGUCACAAGAGCCGCGCUCGUGGUGAUGCAGUUGACUUUGGUCAAAGAAAACGUGAUGAUGUAGGUGACUUGGUGGAGGAAACACUCCAGCUCCUGGAGAUCCACGGUGGUGAUGAUGCCUACAUCAACAUCAAAUACAUGGUUCCAACGUAUGAAAGCUGUGUCUUCAACUAA